AUGAUACUGGUUCAUCUUCUCCAAAUCCACUCUUCAUUGGAUGCGUACAACAACUUCUAUCUGACACGAUACAGUGAGAUAUCCCAGUAUAAGACUGAAAUAUCCAGUGAGUAUGAAAAUGUGGGUGUUGGUGCAUUCUCAUUCGAUGAUGCAAUCAAACUGCAGACACUGGUACUGAGUCACUACCACAAUUUCAAGAUUCAUAAACCAGUGGUAAUUGAAAGGAUACCACAGUUCAAGGAGCAGUGCAAGUGUCUCAUCAACGAGUACAACACCAUUUUAAAUGACUACAAGAAGAGUAAAGAAGGCAACUUGGAGAAUAACAGUAACGAACUAAAGGAGGAAUUCAGGCUGAAAAUAGUUGAUUUGUACUACAGAAUGCUUCCAGUAUUCUAUAACAGUCUGAUUGUGGUGGCAGAUGGUGAGUUACUGAUAUUUGACUACAACUAUCUGGCAGAAUACAGCAAAUUUCUUAGGUUGAAUUCCGUUUAUUACACAAACAUCAAACAUUAUGAAAUAAUUCAGGUAAUUAAUGAUUUGGUUGCCUGUAGAGAUAUGCUGAUAUCUUCUUACAAGAAGGUUGAGAAGUUGAAGAGGAUUCUGCUCUCUAUUAGAAAAACAAUAAUAAAAGUCAAAAAUCAUAUUGGGGCAUAA